UUUUGAGCAAAACUUUUAAAGUAACCGAAAUUUAAACUCCUUGAUAGUUGAGACUCUAUCCACAACGAAGCAUUUCAGAUUUCAAAAGCCCUUUCAAAAUUUUCCAUUUCAAAACAAUAAAAAUAAAACAACCCCAUUAGUCUCUUCCCACUCAUACAUCAAACCAAAAAUGCCAUGGAUUCUCUCACUACUCAAUCCGGAAAGUUUACUUCCAGAAAACGGUUUCAAAGCAAAAGCUUUCCAAGGUCAGUCCGCGAGGAGACAGCCUUUGCAGCUGCCAACAAUUCAGAGCUUGCAAACUCUUCAAAUUCGCCAUCAUAUACUUCGCUGAAAGAAUUGUUGCCUCCAUCAUCAGAGAUCAGAAGGCGAAAAAGUAUGUUAUCAAGACGUUUUGGCAUGCAAUCUGCUCAUGAGAUUCCAAUAAGUAAUUUCAUUGUUCAGAAGGCUGCCUGGGCUUACUUGCAGCCUUCACCACCAGUCUCAAGCUUCGUGGCCGGUAGUAAGUGCAUUUUGUACCUUGUUUGGGAUGAGUUCAAGCUUCCGGUGCAUACUUGUCUUAACUUCAUCAACAGACAUGUCAUUAGGGCAAUAACAUCCGCGUUUGAUAGGCUGUUGGGAGCUAUUCAUCAUCUGGAUCAGCGUGCAUAGGAAUUAAUGUUGCUUGAGGUUCAAGUAAUAGUUGAGUUAGAGUGACACUUAUUUGUGGUGUCAUUGUCUAUCUAUCAGAAGUGCUAGAUUUUAGGUAACAAGUUACCUGCAAAAGUGCUAGUGUGAGACGAUCUUAUUGAUCCGUCCGGCUAUCA